AUGGACCUAGUCGCCGUGAGAUGUGCCAAAUGCGACUCCAAGCUGGGCAAUCUCGCCAAUCAGUGGACGCAGAUAGGCAAGAAAUACAUUACACCAGUGACCUACGUUGAGGACAAGAGUGAAACAGAUAAGAUCGCUGCAACGGGUGCGGUUCGGAUAGGUGAUGCGGACACUUUAGUCGAGGGCUGCGGCCAGAUCAUAUUUCGCCUUACGUCCAUAUCCCUUAGAGUGGCCACAGAUCUUCGUCGCAAAGCUGAACCCAAGAUACAGCGUAUCCUUCAACUUAGGGGCCAGUCAGCCGCAGCUCAAGGCAAACCGUCGCCCCCGAGUGUAAAUGGCAAGGCCACUCCUCAAAACGAACCCUCUCCAAGCAGAGACAGGUUCGACAUCAUGCAGAUUCAAACAGAUCUCGAGGCUCAACAAGACGAAAUCCAGCGUAUUGGCGCGGCUGGAUUCCAGGUCAUAUCGACGCUGAAUAGCACAGUCGCCCGCUUCGAAAAGCAGAUGCGGCAGCUGAGCGACUCCGUUGCAAGUGUCCGAAAGGAUGGAGAAGGACAGCAGGCCGACAUCAAGUCUCUCAAAACACAGAUGAGUGACGCCAAGCGAAGUAACGAGAGCGACGCCGUGAUUGCUCGUCUGGAUCAGCAGCUUCAGACCACGGACAGAGUGAUCACGGAACUUCGGCAAAUCAUCCAGAAAUCCAAGAUAGAGACCACGACUCUCCGAAUUGAGCUGACGGCUGCACAAAAGGAGAUUUCAGAGGUGAAAAGGGCAAACGCUCGUCUUAAAGAGGACGCCACCGAAGCAAAGCAGGUAGCGCAGGAAGGGAUCGCCACGUCCAAGCUGUAUGCGUCUGAGGUGGCAUCUUUGAGGCGAGAGAUUGCACAGCUACGGUCUGAAAUUGGGGAAGAGAAUAUACACCACUCCUCAAUGGACGAGGACCCUUCCAUCACAUCGCACCAGCUCGACAUCCUCGCCAGCAACAUAUCCAAGAUUGGAAACAGGGCUAGCCAGGUAGAGUCUCUGCAGAUGGAGUUUGACCUCUUCAGAACUCGAAUACAACGGCUAGAGGCUCGAGUAGUCAGUGGCACGCCAAAUCCCAAUCGAAAAGAUGUUCGUGCUUCUCUUGGAGACUACGCCUCCGCGGCUGAGCAGGGCAGCCAGUCUCACUACGGAUCAACUACACGCCAGAAACGGCCGCCAGUGAGUAGGGAGGACAGCCACAUUGUCAACUCAACUCCUCCAAAACGGGUAGCCCUCUCGUCAGACUAUCCUAGCCUUGCUACUGUAGGCUAUGUUAGCACUAGCGAGCAGCAACAAUCAUCACCCGGGAGCAUGGCUUUGGUAGAGACUCCCGUUCAACGGCGGACCACAGCAGCAUCAACAAAGAAGAGUACUGCAAAGCGCGGUAGAUGG